GCGCUCCAGUUCCUUGUUUUGCAACACCAGCGCCGGGUUUUGCGUCGAACCGGCCGCUGGGAGGAAGUGCAGCUCUCAGAAGAGCCUGAAUUUCACUUCACGACGCGCCGUGGGGCUCAGCUCACACACAAGCACUAAAACAAGAAAAUAGUCGUCUAUUCCCAUCUGGAUUAACCACUGGGAAACCUCAAGAAGCACUCUAUCCCGGAGGGUCUGAGUGGAAUCGGACUGGAGUGUUUUAUGUGGACGAAUAUUGUGUUUUUGUUGAGCGAUGUCGGAAGAGAUGAAGACUUGGAUCUGCGACCCAAACACGGAUGGAAAAGAAAAGAGUGAUUUCUUUCGGCAGUAACAGCGAAAAUUCAAAAUCAGCUCUCUUUUUGGAGGAAAGUACAUUUAAAACAACAGAACGAAGCGUAUUGGGGUUAAAAGUCACGUCGUGUUGAUGUUGUUUUUUCUCUCGAAACUCGUAGUUUCGUCCAUAUAAGCUUGAGUUUGAGACGCACAGCCAUGCAUAUGAAGUUCCGCAAGAUCUAGCGCAGAGAUUUCAGGCUGAACUCCUUAUUUUUGUGUUUUUAGUUACGAAAAAUAAAACGGUAGCCGUGUUUUCUAUAUAUCACGUUAUAUUACUCCCUUGCCGUUUCAUCGGACCACGUUUUGCGACACCAUUGCGACUUUUUUUUUUUUUUUUUUUUUUAGAAAAAGGAAACUCGGAUUGCUUUCGUUCACAUUUGCUUAUUUCCUUUUCUAGCGCCCCCCUCUCAUCUGUAGGUUACAGUAGAGCAACAUCUCAGCCGUUUUUGCUCAGAGCACACCUCUCAUUAUAUAAAUAAAUCGACGAGCAAGCAAACCCAGUUAAGGAGGAAAAACAGUCUGCAUUGCACUGCACAAGGCAAUGGACUUCACACCAAAACCCAAGUAGUUUAAUUUCGGCUCUUUAAUUGGCUUGUGAGAUCAAGACAACCAGCUUUGGAUCAGCAAGAGGGGUGACAGGCAAAAAUGGGGAUUUGUUUGUGAUAUUUACAUAUAUGCAUAUGCUGUUUAGGUCUUGAAUGUUUUGUUUUGUCUCGCAUUUGUGGAUAUUCAGGAAACAAUCCAGCCCGUGUCGCACCGAUAGCCAUUAUUUAUGUUUCUUCAACCAUUGGGCUUCAGAUUUCCACCAUCUUUACGCUUUUAAGAAGAGGAGAAUACAUAUUACCCUUAUUAUUGUUAUUAUUAUGUGCUGUCAGAUGGUAAAUGUGAUUAAACAGGGAAAUAUUGGCGCAUACUAGUCGUCCAUUUUCAUGCCUUAUUGUGUUUUUGCAGCGAGCUGGCUUGCUUUAUUUUAAUACCCUAAGGAUAUCGUCUUAUCCGAUCGUUUACGACUUAUUUUCUAUAUCUUGUUGGUUUUAACGGGAUUGCACGGUCGUUUUGAUAAGAGGAUCAUCUUGGGGAUUGAUUUCAUUUGACACUGACGGGCCAGCUUGCGUGUAUUUGUAGUUAACCCACUACCGCCGUUAUCUCCAUCCAUUUGAAUGGACGGUGGCUCAAAUUAACUUGUAUGUCAUUUUUUUUAUGACGGUCGUUGUGGGUUGUUCGUGUUAAACUCAUCCAAAGGAUGAGUGCUGGAUGGGGGCAUCUGCAGGCUAGAAUCGCUUAAUCGAUAUUAUCGUUAUCACCAUCUAGAAUUAUUACUGGAGAUGUUGCCAUGCACACAUAUUCUUCCUCUCUGAAACAAGAAGCCAUUUCUGCAAUUCCAGUGGACCUGAGGGUGACGUUGCUUCAUAGAUAAGCACCCUAUAGAUUUGAGUGGAUUUUGUUCUUCCUUCUGUUUUUUUUUUUUUUUUUUUUUUUUUUUUUUCUCGUGUAUUUUCAGCCACGAUGGUUGUUUUCUGAGAGCCUUUUAGGGGGCGAGACAAGAUAAUAAAACAACUGAGGCUGGAAUAGAUGUUUGCGCCUGUCUCGUGCAUCUUCUUCAUCAUCACCACCACCACAGCUCCCGCGCUCGUCUCGUGCUGAUUCCGCCCGCCCGCGCGCGAGCGCGCACCAUCAUCGUUCCCUCACGUCCCCCUCACGGCUGGUUCUGGUACCGUUAGCGACUCGGUUCGACCCAGAGGGCUCGAAGAUGGCGGACCUCGAAGCGGUUCUCGCCGAUGUCAGCUACCUGAUGGCGAUGGAGAAGAGCAAAUCUACUCCAGCGGCCCGGGCGAGCAAGAAAAUCAUCCUUCCCGAACCCAGUAUUCGGAGUGUCAUGCAGAAGUACCUGGAGGAAAGGGACGAACUGGCCUUUGACAAAAUCUUCAACCAGAAGAUUGGUUUCCUCUUGUUCAAGGAUUUCUGCAUGAACGAGAUCGACGAGGCCGUUCCGCAGCUGAAGUUUUAUGAGGAGAUUAAAGAGUACGAGAAGUUGGAUUCAGAAGAGGAGAGGCUAACUCGCAGUCGACAGAUUUACGACGUCUACAUAAUGAAGGAGCUUCUGUCGUGUUCCCAUCCCUUCUCUAAGAAGGCAGUAGACCAUGUCCAGACUCACCUAGCAAAGAAACAAGUUCCUCCAAAUCUCUUUCAGCCAUACAUAGUUGAAAUCUGUGACAGUCUUCGAGGAAAUAUCUUUCAGAAGUUCAUUGAAAGCGACAAGUUCACGCGUUUCUGCCAGUGGAAGAAUGUAGAGCUCAACAUCCAUUUGACAAUGAAUGACUUCAGCGUGCAUCGGAUCAUUGGCAGAGGGGGUUUUGGAGAGGUGUACGGAUGCAGAAAGGCAGACACUGGGAAAAUGUAUGCCAUGAAGUGUUUAGAUAAAAAGCGUAUCAAAAUGAAGCAGGGAGAAACGCUGGCGCUCAAUGAGAGAAUCAUGCUGUCGUUGGUCAGCACCGGGGAUUGUCCUUUCAUAGUGUGUAUGACAUAUGCCUUCCACACCCCUGAUAAACUGUGUUUCAUUCUGGACUUGAUGAAUGGUGGAGACCUUCACUAUCACCUAUCUCAGCAUGGGGUCUUCAGUGAGAAGGAUAUGCGUUUUUAUGCAGCUGAGAUCAUACUAGGCCUUGAACACAUGCACAAUCGUUUUGUUGUCUACAGAGACCUCAAGCCUGCGAAUAUCCUCUUAGAUGAACAUGGACACGUUCGCAUCUCUGACCUGGGCCUGGCCUGCGAUUUCUCCAAGAAGAAACCUCACGCUAGCGUAGGUACCCAUGGCUACAUGGCACCUGAGGUUCUGCAGAAAGGAACAGCGUACGACAGCAGCGCCGACUGGUUUUCUCUGGGCUGCAUGCUGUUCAAACUCUUGCGAGGGCACAGUCCAUUCAGGCAGCACAAGACCAAAGACAAACACGAGAUUGACCGCAUGACCCUUACUAUGAAUGUGGAGUUGCCUGACUCCUUCUCACCUGAGCUCAAGUCCCUCUUGGAAGGACUCUUACAGCGAGAUGUCGCCAAAAGAUUGGGGUGUCUGGGACGGGGGGCGUCAGAGGUAAAGGAGCAUGUGUUCUUCAAGGGAAUCGAUUGGCAGCAGGUCUAUCUCCAGAAGUACCCCCCACCCCUCAUUCCCCCCAGAGGAGAGGUCAAUGCUGCAGACGCCUUUGACAUUGGCUCCUUCGACGAGGAGGACACCAAGGGAAUUAAGCUGCUUGACAGUGAUCAGGAGCUCUAUAAGAAUUUUCCGCUGGUGAUCUCCGAGCGCUGGCAGCAGGAGGUGGCCGAGACGGUGUAUGAUGCUGUCAACAGUGACACAGAUAAAAAUGAGGCACGCAAGCGGGCCAAAAACAAGCAGCAGGGCCAUGAAGAGGACUAUGCGCUGGGGAAGGACUGUAUCAUGCAUGGCUACAUGCUGAAGCUAGGAAACCCCUUCCUGACACAAUGGCAGCGGCGGUAUUUCUACCUAUUUCCCAACCGCGUUGAGUGGAGAGGUGAAGGAGAGUCUCGGCAAAACCUGCUGACCAUGGAGCAGAUCGUGACUGUGGAGGAGACGCAGAUCAAGGACAAAAAGUGCAUCCUGCUGAGGAUCAAAGGAGGGAAACAGUUUGUCCUGCAGUGCGAGAGUGACCCAGAGUUCGUACAAUGGAAGAAAGAACUCACCGAAGCAUUCACCGAGGCCCAGAAGCUGCUGCGUCGUGCCCCCAAAGUCAUCGGCAAGGGGCGAACUAACGUGGUGGAACUGUCCAAACCUCCGCUCACUCACCGCAACAGCAACGGCCUGUGAGCCGCCCACCUCCCACCACCCUUCUCCUCUCCAUCCUUUUCAUCAACACACACAUGCACACGCUCUCACACUCUCUCUCCCAGCAAAACGCUUGUCCAGCACCAUCAGGCUUCCCAACCGGCACAGUGAGCCGCCACAUGGUCCAUCUCGGAAGGUUCUGCUGGACUGUGCCCUGCUGUUCCUCAACUGUCCGUCAAUCAAAUGCAUACACAUACACAGUUCCUUGGGGUUGGCGUCACUCCAGGAUAAUGCUAAAGAACAAUCAGUGAUGAAUCUGGGACCUUGUUUUGACCAGUGGUGCAGGCUGGGAUAUACUGCGCCUCUUUUGUGAGCACGUCACUCCCGUUUCUUCUGUGAUUCCCACAUUCUCCUUGCACACGCUGGCAUGCUCGUAUAUAGGCAUAGAAAAAAGCCUCUGCUGUAAGGGUCCCAAAAACCCAACCAUUGCCCACUUGGAGCAUCUUUCCCGAGUGGCAGUGUGCUAGAGCCGGACAGUAUCAGUACCUCUGCUGCGGGAGCCAGUGGAUUCCUUUCGCCAAAGGAAACUCGAGCCAUGCGGCCCGAGAGAGCUAAUCAGAUGGAAACAAUCUCAUUAGACGAUGGCUUGAACGAUAUCACUCCCAUUGUCUUUUCAUGUCCUUUGUGGAAACACCAAGGCCACCUCACUGACUGUGCCAUUCUUGAAGCGUAUGCUUUGCACCACUUUGUCAACAUUGUGGGCGCAUGGCAUGCAUGCAGUUUCAUACUAAAUGGACUCGGAUUUGUGGACUGUUGUGGCACCCGACCCCUGUCCCGUACUUGUAAAGUACAAAAGUCUUCGACACUUCCUUAACACUCGCUGUUGGAUUGAACAAGUGUAACCGCAUGAGUUGCGAGUGAUGUGCACAUCCAAGUUGUGCUCUCAGAGGACAACGUACCGUGUAAAAAUUAGGGAGCAUUUUUCUUUCUUUUUUUUUCUUUUUUUUUUUUGGUGCUCAGCCCUUGUAAACACCAAAUUCGCUUGGGUUGCUGCGUGCCCAUUCACAUGCAUUUAAAUGCGUGUACUUGUGUGUGUACACAAAGUAGGUGUUGUUGCUUUAAAGGAAAUGCCCCCAUGUUGUCACCUGGAAGAAUUGUUUUCUUUCACCUUGAAUGUAUUUUUUUGUUUCUCUCUUCGUCUUUUUUUGUUUGUUUUCUCGAGGGUGGAGUGAUUUACGCUGCUUGACACAAUGGGAAGGGAUGUGGUGGGAUGUUUAUGAGGACACGCCCCCUUCUUGAACCCAACCCCUUCCCCUUGAACCCACAGAAGUGCAAAAAGUGCCAAUGAAAUAAAUGUUGACUUGAGACACCGAAGAGUUCCUCGAGUCCAGGCCGCGUCUCCGAGAACAGUGUUGGAACCUGAACGCACAGGAAAUAACUGAACUGCAGACCUCCAGUCGCUCGAACAGCCAUUGGACGGUUGACGAUGCAUGAUGUCUCGGUUAGAGGGACCACUUAGAAAGAAGAAAGCAGCAGCAGCAGCAUCCCUGGAGUCUUUUAUCCGACUGUAUAUACAAAUCCUUUCUCUGUGCAUCUACAGUAUAAUCUUCUUGACAAUGUUUGCAUAUAUGGCGAAUUUCUGUCUCUGCCUGUCUGUGUUUGUCCCUAUGUCUCAGCUUGGGGGCGGGCGGGGUGGGCGGGGUUCACAUCUGUCAAUCAGUGCAAACCUCAGGCUGAGAGAACUGUGCGUUCGCGCCUCUUUUAGGACCAUUGUUGUUAAAGAGCGGAGAGUUGAAUGACUUAUCUCAUAAUGAGGUGUGAGGAGGUCUUCUGUCUGUCUCUGUGUUUAGUUAUGCCAACGCUUCUGAAGGUGAGGCGCGCGACGUGACGUGACGCGACUCGACUCGACAUCACCAUUAUCCAUUCACGGGCAGACACACUGUUAUUCAGAACGAAGGGAGGGCGCUCGCACUCGCAGGUGUUCGGAAAGGUGGGCUGCUUGGAUCGUGGAAGGAGAGACAACUUAAAACCAUUUGUUGUAAGGCUUGAUUUGAAUAUAGUUUAAAUUUUUAUAUUGUUUUGAAUGUGACGCAAAUGCAGAUUUCUAUAGAUUACAUAUUUUUUUGAGCAUGUUAUGUGCAUUUAUUUUUUGGUUUGAAUGGAAAAACAAGCACAGCUUAACAGGCAUGAGAUGAUUUUAAAGAAGUGUUUUCUUCAUGUAUAUUCAGGUUCUUUUUUUCUUUUUCUUUUUUUUUUUCCAUGCAGUAAUUUUCUUUUUUCUACGACUGCUGUCUGUGCAUUUCGAGUGAUUUGCAUGUGACGCUCUGCAAAAAUUGCAGGGUUUUGGGAGUCGACCAGUUUUUGUAGCCUUUAAGUGUCGGGGAGGUGCCAUCCUGAGGAUGUUUUAGUGCCCUUCAAGGGUUUUAUUUUGAAACCAAAAUGGCUUGUUUUGAAAUAUUAUCGCUGCACUUUUCCAUCACGCCUCACGAGCUGAUGAAAAAUCAUGUGCCAAACGACUGUAGGAGAAUGUCCUUGAACCAAUGAAAAGCUUGCGCGACGCUCGUUGCCUAUUUUUGAGACUUAAAUUGGUACGUUUUAACAGGCAAGUGUCGACGAGUUUGAGAAAGGGUACAAAAUGUGACCAAAUUCAGGUGACGUGGAACAAGUGGGCCGUGGGGCGAACGAUCCUAUGUCAUUGACGAUACGCCUCAAAGCUACUGACCGGCGACGGCCGGUGCCGUGUUUUGAAACUGCUAGCCCGUUUCUCAAGAAGGGUGGCACCUCCUAAAUAUCCAUGUUUUAUUCAGGGGUUUUAUAUUUUAUUUUAAUGGUAGCUUUUCAUUCACUUCGUCAGUGUUUGCUUCAUUCAAGUGCUUGUGUGUCUGUUCCGUAGCGGUGAAUUUGUCUGUGGGCGAACGCAGGUUUCGAAAUGGAAGAGGACGAUAAAUAGGAAUAAAAAAAAAAAAAAAGAAAUAAAACAAACUAACAAAAAUCUAAGUAUAUAUGUGUAUAUGAAAUGAAAACAAAUGAGCUUAGGUUUAUUUAAAAGAUUUUACGACGUAGACACAAAAAUUGACUCGGGAAGGGAUCGGGUUUGAUGUGAGUUCAACUAUUUGUGGUGAAGAAUCAGCUCAGAUCUUGCACAUAAAAGUUUAGAUAUUGUACCUACGAGUUACAGAUUAUUAUUUUUGUUCAUUUAAUACAGGACUCUCUUGCUUUCUUUCAUAUUUAUUGUCUGGUCGGGGAGCUAGUCCCUCUGUGCGUGGGUUUACCUAGGGCACGGAGCUGUCGAGUAUCCGGGUUUACAGUCAACCGAAACUCUUUUUCAUGUGCCACAAACAAACGCAAAUACUACUGUCUGGGGUUAUUACCAUUAAGGUUAUGAUGAUGAUGAUGAUGAUGAUUAUAAUAAUUAUUGAUAAUAUUAUUCAAUGAAUGAUAAUUGUUAUUAAAAUUAUUUUCUUUUGUGUUUUUGUUUUGUUUUGUUUUGUUUUUCAGAACAGCUAGGAACAUGUGUGUUGGACUGCUUAUAAAAACAGUUCAGAAAUAAAAGCCCCUCUUUCGUGUU